GAACAAAUUCCCCACUUUUCGGGUGCAAAUGGUGGCAAACAUCAGAUCAUACGCCUUCUUUAACAGUAUCAACUGGGAAGAGCUUGAGGCUGGGAGAGUAGCCCCACCAUUUACCCUGGAAAGACCAUCUCUGGAGCAUUUGAACAGGAUUGCGGAGCAGAGCCCAUCGAUGCCAUCAACGGACCCCCAAGAGCCGCCUCUGUCUUCAAAAGAACAAGAGAUGUUCCGUGGCUUUACCUUUGUGAGCCCCAUAGCGCUCACCGCUCUGCCCGCACCUGCUGCCCGCUGAGAUUUCAACCAAGAUGAACAUCAACAUGGUUGAACAAUGGACAAUUGAUAACCACCAAUAAAUAAACAUUCAAUUUGU